AUGGAGGGCACCACAGGCAGCGCAUCACAUUUUGAUCACCUCUUCAAGCUUCUCAUAAUUGGCGACUCAAGCGUGGGCAAAUCUUCCAUUUUGCUGCGCUUCACGGAGGAUGAAUUCGACGAUGAACACCCCGUCACCAUCGGCGUCGAUUUCAAGGUCAAGACUAUACAGCUGGGCGCAAAGAGGAUCAACCUCACCAUUUGGGAUACGGCUGGGCAAGAGAAGUUCAGAUCUCUGACGAGCUCCUACUACCGGGGCACCCAAGGCAUCAUCUUGGUCUACGACGUGUCUUCCCGGGAGAGCUUCCAGCACUUGAGCGUGUGGUUGAACGAGAUCGAGAUGUACUGCAACAACAGUGAUGUGGUGAAGCUUCUGGUGGCCAACAAGAUCGACCUCGGAGACAGACAAGUGUCCAGGGAAGAGGGUCUUGCCUUUGCCAAAUCUAAGGCGAUGGUGUUCAUCGAGUGCUCGGCCAAGACCAAGCUCGGCAUUCAGCAGGCGUUCGAGGAGUUGGUGACAAAGAUUCUCGAAACGCCCAGUCUCUACGAGAAGGAGACCAAGGCCACCGGCACCGUCUCCAUGAAUCAAGACUCCGAAGAGCAGCAAGAGGGCGUGUGCAGCUACUGCUAG